UAGACAUCAGUCACGUGAUGGCUCUUCUGAUUCUGAUGACAUAUACGUGCUUUGUCGCGAACAUUUGCACCGUUGAGAGCCGAAAGAUGUCGUCUUACUACGGACUGGCACCCGAGCCGGAUCCCGGUCAUAACAAAUACCACUGGGUGAAAUCAGCCAUGGAGAAACUUCAAAGGGGAUGCCCGAAAGGCGCCAUUUUAAAGGCAGUGGACACUAUUGUUUGUUCCGUGGACCUCGAUGAGCCUCUUGGUAUGGAUAAUGGAGACAUUCUUGAUACCGAUCUCUCUGCGUCGACGACAUUCGCUGAUUAUGUAGCUCACAGAGGUAGACUUAACAGACAAGGUGCGUGGUGCGCAUCAGGUUCAGAUUUGACUCCAUGGAUACAGGUCAACUUCAACGCUAGAGUGUACAUCACUGGUGUGGUCACCGAGCGGUCAUAUUACGCCGUCAACUACGUUUCGACCUACAGCGUUAAGUACGGCGACUCCACGUCCUCCUUGAUGUACGUGACAACUUCAGGUGGAAGUGCUCAAAUUUUCACCGGUAAUUCUUAUGGAGAUGCUCAAGCGACCAACCGGUUCUCGUCAGUGUUGUACGCCCAGGUUCUGCGCAUAUACCCGGUUACAUGGGAACUGGAAGCAUCCUUAUGUUGUUUGCGCUUUGAGGUGUUGGGGUGUCGGUAGAGUCGGCAAACCAUACGUUUGCGGUUACUUCGUUUGAGCUUACCGAGUUGAACCAUAUCUUCAACAGUCACGUACCACCCUCUUCACAAUUUGUUAUGUACCGACCGCCGCCUUCACAGAAUAAUAGAGUCACAUACUUAUGUACUUUGUCCCCCUUUUUAAAGGAUAAUCACGGGGAGAAUAUCACGCAACAAUAAACUUUACAAAUUGUGUUGAAGCUUUGCAUGGUGUGGGAGAUAAGAGUAACUAUAAAUAUAAUUAUGCGGGUA